CCCGUCGCCGGGACUCUGCGUGCGGGCUGCGCCCCGCCGCCUCGCUGGCUCCGCCGGCUUCCCCAGGCAGCGUCAGCGUCUCCUACGAAGUUUAGUCCGACCGCUCGAUUUAAGUUCUGAAGACUUGAGGGCUCUAUGUCACUGAGGAGCGGGCAGAACGCUCGAAGUCGCCCUGGAAACGCUUUCCGUACAGCAAUAUGGCUGCGCCCGUUGACGCUUAGAGAAGGAAUUUUCCCUUCGCUUUAAAAGGGGCUCCCUUCACGACAACUACUUAGAUGGGCGCUGUUCUUACUCUGGGAGUCUGGGAAGGCGGCGUGCAUUUUUCUGACAAGGGAAGCGGUGAGAGGUACUUUUUAUGGGAGAGAAUGUCUGUGGUGCACCAGCUGUCACCUGGGUGGUUACUGGAUCAUCUUUCAUUCAUUAACAAGAUAAACUAUCAACUUCAUCAGCAUCACAAGGCUUGUUGCAGUAAAAAUGAGCCUACUUCUUUUGUCCACUUUGAUUCUCUUCAAACGGAUUCUAUGUCUUCUUUUGGACCCUCUGCUACAUAUGUUGCUUCUUACUCGACCACUGUGCCUGAGAAUGUUGAUAGAGGAAACAGUGACAUGCUCAUACAAAACUAUGUUUUUCGAUCUGAAUUAUUUGAUGUCACCAAACCCUAUAUAACUUCAGCUGGUCGUGAAGAAUGCCAACGAAGUAAUGAAAAGGAAGAUCUAAGAGAUGGUGUUAAAAAAGAAAGCUCCACUCCUAUCAUUGGGAAGAAGCGUAAAAGGUGUGUGGUUUUCAAUCAAGGUGAAUUGGAUGCUAUGGAAUACCAUGCAAAGAUCAGGAGUUUGAUUUUGGAUGGAUCUUCACAGUUAGUUCAAGAAGGUCUCAAAAGUGGUUUUCUUUAUCCACUUUCUGAAAAACAGGACAAGUGUAGCGAUCACAUUACUUUAUCACUUGAUACUUGCAGUUUAUCAGAAUUAUGUGAAAUGGCAAAGCAUUUGCCUUCUCUGCAUGAAAUGGAACUUCAGACAUUACAGUUAAUGGAAGAUGAUAUGUCUGUUACAGAGCAGGAUUUAUUUUCACGGGUUGUUGAAAACAACUCUAGCUUCACAAAAAUGAUUACUUUAAUGGGACAGAAAUACUUGCUGCCACCAAAAAGUAGUUUUCUUUUGUCUGACAUUUCUUGUAUGCAACCGCUUCUAAAUUGUAGAAAAAAAUAUGAUGUAAUUGUGAUAGAUCCACCAUGGCAGAACAAAUCAGUGAAAAGAAGUAACAGGUACAGUUAUUUAUCACCUAUGCAAAUAAAGCAAAUACCUGUCCCUCAAAUGGUUGCUCCAGACUGCCUUGUGAUUACUUGGGUAACCAAUAGACAGAAGCACCUGCGUUUUGUAAAGGAAGAACUUUAUCCCGCGUGGUCUGUGGAGAUGGUUGCUGAAUGGCACUGGGUAAAAAUCACCAAAUCAGGAGAGUUUGUAUUUCCAUUAGAUUCUCUGCACAAAAAGCCUUAUGAAGGUCUUCUACUGGGGAGAGUUCGAGAAAAAACUGCUUUACCAUUAAGGAAUGCCGAUGAAACAGCGCUCCCCAUUCCAGACCAUAAAUUAAUUGUCAGUGUGCCCUGUACUCUUCACUCACAUAAACCCCCUCUUGCUGAGAUUCUAAAAGAUUACAUCAAACCAGAUGGGGAAUAUUUGGAAUUGUUUGCUCGAAAUUUACAGCCAGGUUGGACUAGUUGGGGCAAUGAAGUCCUCAAAUUUCAGCAUGUGGAUUAUUUUACUGCUCUGCAGUCUGGAAGCUGACUCUGAUCUUGAUCAAAAUAGUGGUUUUCUUCAGUUUUCCUCCCUUCUUCUCCCUUCACUCUCACUCAUUACCUUUUACUACUAAUCACUAUGCUUAGAAAUGUAAAUAGGACUUGGUAUUUCAGCAAAAUGACCAGAGUUACCUAGCCUUCGUGUGAUUUUGAGAUGACGUUUACUUCAGUUGUCCUGGUAUUCCACUUCAUUCUAGUCUCUCUACAAAUAAAGUGGUAAACAGUUAAAAACGUGGCAGGGCUAUAUGCUAUUCAAAACAUUCAGAAAGUAUAUACACUGAACCAAAGCUCAUAAUCCUGCCUCUGGAUCUAUUUUGUUUGGCCCAUAUAGUAUUAUAAAAAAUUUUUUUUUGAACUGUUACCAUGAAAAAUCAGGACAUUUCACGUAAAAACCCAGAUUUCUGUUUCCCUUUAAACAUCAGAACUGCUGGCUACUGAGGCCUGUGCUCUCUCAUGUCCUCAGUCUGCUGGGCCUAGUGGUGGUCGCGUACUUCAGGAGGGCUUGCACUCUCCAGCUUACUGCAGUGCCACCAACCCUGUCCCACUCAUUUGUAUUACCUACUUGGCCUGGGUACGACCUGAAUUUUUAACCUCUGGUAUACUGUUGCUUUCCUAAAACCUGCCAAAUAUUGCAUCAUUAUAUUGAGUUUAUGCAACAUUUUGGAGGCUUCAAAAUGUUGCAGCUUUUCACUUUUCAAAUACUUCUUAGUUUUGCUUGUUUUUCUAGAAGAAAAUUAAAAAAAAUUUCUUAUAAAAAUAUCAGAAAAUAAACAUUGUUAUGAUUGUGAAAACAGUAUUUGUGUCAUUUACAGAUUUUCUACAAAUAAAUACUUGAGUAAAAUGUUUUGACUGAAAUGCUUUUUUGAAAAGCUGACUUAUUAGGUAUUACCUUUUUAAAAAUUGAGGCAUAGUUUUCAUCUAAUCCCACAGCUUUCAGUGUAGAGUUGAGUGAGUUUCGAAAAUGAAUUCAGUUUUCUUUAUCUACCACCAUAGUCACCAUAUAGAACGUUUCCAUCACUCCCCCAGAUUCCCAUGGCAUGGAUUAAAUUGUGUGUCCCCAAAAUAUAUGUCAACUUGGUUAGGCCAUGAUUCUCAGUAUUGUGUGGUUGUUCUCCAUUUUGUGAUUGUAAUUUUGUGUUAAAGAUUAGGGUGGAAUUGUAACACCACACUUACCUAGGUCAUAGCCAACGUAAAGGGAUCCAAUGUAAACAGAGUUUCCCGAGGGUGUGGUCUGCACCACCUUUUAUCUUACAAGAAAUGAAAGGAAAACAGGCAGAGAGUUGGAUACCACCAAGAAAGCAGCACCGAGAGCAGAGCGUUUCCUUUGGACCUGUGGUCCCUGCGCCUGAGAAGCAUUUUGACCUUCUGAUAACAAGGCAUCUUCCUCCAGAGGCGACAGAGAGAGAAAGCUGUGCCCUGGAGCUGACACCCUGAAUUUGGAUUUGUAAGCUGCUGAACUGUGAGAAAAUAAACUUCUGUUUGUUGAAGCCAUCCAC